UCCGCAUGGUUUCCGAGAAAACUGGUCUAGAUCCGGCAUGUCUCGUGAUACACCUCAACGACAUUUCUUCUCCACCCUUACGUCAAGUGUUGCGGACUAUUUUUCCUAUUUCUUAAUUUUAUAAACGAAUGUGUUCACUGGAUCUUUAGAAUUCUUGUGGCACUGGAUAAGGUCAUGAGCAUGAUGAGGACAAACAAAGAAAUGGGAUCAAAGAAGAAGUCCAUAGAUCGCUUUGCAUCACCACUUAGCCUGGUAGAAAGGUGGAUAUACUUUGUCGGCGCAGUCUGGACAGUUUCUUAUCUCAGCUUCUGUGUGUACAGAGAUUCGAUCAAAUAUUUUGGUGUUCUGAACCUCCACGACUUCGGCAAGGGAUGGUUCUGGUUGGUCAGGGAUCAAGAUAUAUCCAACCUUGAAUGGAGUUUUUGGUAUGCUAUGUUUUGGCGAAUAUGGCCAUGGUAUGCUGGUCAUGUUGCCCUAGGGAAGAUCAUGGAGUGGAACUCCCCUGCAAAUAGAAAGUAUAUAUUUUUGAUAUUUGCAUUGAUGUGUAUUUGUCAACUGGCGGGCUGGCGAUUUGUGAUUCUCUUUCUGUUACAUUGCUCGGUUAUGUAUGUUACAUCACUCUGCAGUAGCACGGUAUUGGUGUGGAUUGUCUCCCUUAGUGCUCUAUCAACGUUGAACUUUGAACCAUUUCUUACUUUGAUGAAGUCUCUGGUAGAGGAAGAUAAGAAGGAAACAUGGUAUAAUUUUCUUGUGACUACGUUAGCUCUAGCUAAUAUCAAGGUUACAAGCUUCUGUCUGGAGAAAUGUUGGCAUAAUAUAAAUGGAAAAGUUACCAAAGGAAACCAAAGUAAAGAAUUGAACACAGGAACUAGUCACCAACUUGAAGCAGGGAAGCAGUCAACACAAGGGAGGGAAUCAGUGGGAUACAGUUUCAUUGACCUUCUGUGUUACGUGUUUUAUCUACCCUUGUUCUUUACUGGUCCUAUUUUGACCUUUGAUCUCUUCAAAGACCAGAUGAAUGCACCAGUACCACAAAACACAAGAGGGCACCUGAAACUGCAAUCCUUACACCUGCUGAGAUUCUGUUUCUGGGCCAUGUUCCACGAGUUUCUAUUACAUUUCUUAUAUUUUAACGCCUUACAGAACAACACAAUGGUACUGAAAUCUGUAUCACGGUUUACCCUUAUGGGUAUCGGGUACCUCCAUGGACAGUUCUUUAUGGUCAGAUAUCUGGUUAUGUUUGGAUUACCAGGAACAAUAGCAAACUUCGAUUACCUGAACCCGCCGGACGGGCCAAAAUGUAUCUCUUAUAUAUAUCUAUACUCUGAUAUGUGGAAAUUCUUUGACCGAGGUUUAUACAGCUUCUUGAAAAGGUAUAUCUACAUUCCAUGUGGUGGCUCGCAGACAGGCAUCCGACGUCAGACCAUAGGCUCGUUGCUGUGUUUUCUAUAUAUUUUCUACUGGCAUGGCACUGAGUACGAUAUACUACUGUGGGUUCUGCUUAACUUUAUCAGCGUCUUCUUUGAGAAGAUUGGGUUAGCGAUAUGUAGUAUAUCUAUAGUCAAGCAUAUUGAGACUGAUAUUUUGUCAGCGGCCAUGGUACAGAGAAUUCAUGCAUUCUUUUCCGUUCCUAUCUUUAUUAUGUCCUGUUUCUCAAUGUUUGGCUUCUUUGGUGGCAGACAGGUUCUCUAUAUAUUCUGCAAAAGACUAAUAACGGAAGGUACGGCAGAAACGAUUGCUGUUAAGGUGGUUAUAAAUUACUGCUGCAUACAGAAUGCUAUUGAAGUGAACAGAUGGAUUCUCAGACGGAAGAAAUUGAAACAGUCAUAAUAGUAAAACCAGACUGUAUUGCAGAGGAAGUCCAUCUCAGAAUGAAGAGGACUAUAACCUUUUUAGAACAACGCUGAAAAUUCCCAGCAGCGGUUUCAUCCACUAGCGCUACAUCUUUACUUUAAUUGUAGAUGGAAAGAAUAAGAUUAGUUUGUUGUACAGAAGUGUUGCUCCGGAAAGGUUAAUUAACUGGUACAUGUACUUAGAGAAACAUUUUAAUCGGAAACUAAUAAUCUGCCUUUGAAUUUCGGAAUGUUGAAGAGUUAAUGCUGUAAGUCUGAAAUGUUAGCAUGAACAGAAUAGCCGUUUGUAAACAGCUUUUAAUUAAUACCAGAUAUUUGUCUACAGAUAGAACUGUCACUGAAAUAUGAUAUACUGAUAUCUUAUUUAGAAAUAUUUCUAAAAUGUUUCUGACUACUCAUGCUUGUAGGAGCAAUCAUAAUAUUGUCUUUCGUUUUGUUAUCACAGCUGAAUAUCAGGAGAAGGAGAUUUACUGAAGAUAGUAAUUGUUUUAUUAUUUGAUAUGAUUUAUUUAAAAAAAGACGAAAGGAACGACACAGGUCACAUUAAAUCUCCCUGCUACGUUCUUCCUCUAAUGUGACCAGUGAUAAAAUUUCAAACAUUCAGAUUAAAUUUUAUAUAAAUACAUGGUUACUUAUCAAUUAUGAAUAUAUAUACGCCGGGGACAAAGGAUGUCCAUCCAAACUUCUUCUAAUAUAGCUUCUGCGGCCGAGUGGUUAAGAUCGCUGACGGUGAUGGGGUCCGGAUAAAAAUGUAGUGUUUUUGACACAUAUU